CAGGACGCUUUAGCGGUGGCUUUUUCAAGGAUGGAUUAUCUGCACAUAAUACUCAGUGUAAAUGUGAAUUCCUGAUAGUUUGCUUCAAUGCGUGUUUUGUGGUUACUUUGGACAAUCAUAAUAUUUAUCUCAACAGUGCUCUGUGUUCUUGGAUGUGUUUUGCCAUACUGGCUAAUAGGAAUGUUAGAACAAGAAGCCAACUCGCCGUUAGCCAUCAGCUUUGGAUUUAAACUACAAUUUACCCAGAGCACCAUUGGGUUGUACAGAAGAUGCGCAUACCCGGUUUACCUCGAAAGGGACUCCAUGGAAGGUAAUGAUGCAACUUUUUCUACGGAUACCGAUUCACAACUGGUUUACCUGAGAACUAACUGUGGACAUUAUGCAUUCGCUCAAAUACCUCACACAGCUUGGUGCUUGGCUUUGGUACUUCUCGUAUCAUCUUCAUUACUGUUAACUUUCACUUUCAAUUUUGUUCUUCUCUCUGGCAUACACCUUACAGUUUUGGCUCUCCCGUUUGUUCUGAGGAGCUCUCAAGCGAUAUUACUACUUGCCGGUUCAAUGGUUCUUUUUUCCUGUGCCAUAUAUCCAGUCGGUUGGUCAAGCAACUCAGAAGUUUUACAAAUAUGUGGAGAGCAAAGUUCAAGUUUUCGCUUGGGGCGGUGUCAAUUGGGAUGGACUUAUUUUACUACCAUACUUGGAGGUUUACUUGCAAUAUUUGCGGCAAUUUUGCCCCAUUUAUGGAAGCGCAGCGCCCGAUUGCAACAAAUAUAUUUCCAUCAAAAUGGAAAGGCCCUUCAAAACGGUGAACUCGCCCCUGCGCAUUCAAGGAAUAUGAACAUUGCUGGACACAGUGCUUCCUGUGGAAUUGGGGCUUUAAAUCCGACAACGGAACAAAUGCGUCAUGGAAAUCACCAUGGAUGGUUUAGGUGGUUUUUUGCUCCCAAUUUAUAUCGGAUCGUAAGAAGACAUCCAUUAUACCCAUCUGCUCCAGAAUCAAUUAUACGAAUGCAGUCAGUAAGCACUAAUCCAACGCACAGCAUUUUGAAGAGUUCAUAUAAUGAGCUCGGCGAAGAUCAGUCAAAGCCAAAUAAGCAUACAUAA